AGGCAUUUAUUAACUGGUUCCCGUCAUAUCAGAAAGCCACACGGCAGUGGUUUCCCACAUUGCAGCCGAAAGGAGCCAGUGUACCAGUGCAGCAAGUAAUAGCAUCCUUUUCGGUUCACGCAACAGCACGUCGACGAAAACUUCACAAUGGGCGAUAAUAAUGAUGAAGCACUGCGCAAGCUCUUCCUGGGCGGUCUUGACAGGGAUAAGACUUCCGAAACCCAGCUGAAGGAGUACUUUGGGGUGUACGGCACAGUCGUCGACUGUGUCGUCAUCAGAGACACCGAUAAGCAGACUUCCAAGGGCUUUGGCUUUGUGACGAUGGCCACGAUAGAAGAGACAGACAAAGUCUUGUUGGACAAGGAUGACAGCGAGCCUCAUUACAUCAACAAUAAGAAAGUGGAGGUCAAACGCGCCAUACCAAGAGGGCGCGACAUCUUGCCCGACCCGAUCAAGAAGCUUUUCGUCGCCGGCUUCAAGGAUGCCCCCCUCACAGAAGACGACCUGAAGGCCUACUUCGGCGACAAGUGCUGUGUCGAUAAAGUCCACAUCGUGAAGGACAAAGAGACGGGCAAACAGAAGGGCUACUGCUUUGUGGAAUUGAGCAACCGUCACAUGGUCGACAAAGCCGCAAUCGUUGAGAACCAUGAAAUCAAUGGCAUCAGUGUCAUCUGUAAGAAGGCUACACCCAAGGGUGAUGACGGCAGUGGCGGACGGGGUGGCGGAAGGGGUGGUGGCAGAGGCCGUGUUGGUGGCUACGGCGGUGGUGGUAGUGGCUACGGCGGUGGUGGCUACGGCGGGGGCGGCGGUGGUGGCUACGGCGGUGGCUACGGCGGCGGCGGUGGUGACUACGGUGGUGACGGGUCCGACGGCUAUGGUGGCUACGGUGGUGAUAGGUCAUACGGUGGCCGUGGCGGAGGUCGUGGACGUGGUGGUAGCCGCGGAGGCGGCGGUGGCGGCUACGGCGGCGGCAGUGGUGGGGGUAGCUGGGGCGGCAACGGUUACGAUAACUGGGGCAGUGGUAGCAGUGGAUAUGAUGCUGGCUCCAACUACGCAGGCUCGAGCUCCAACUAUGGGCCUAUGAAGGGAGGUUACAGCUCUGGCGGUGGUGGUGGUGGUAGCUACGGAAGCGGUUAUGGAAGCGGUGGUAGUGGUGGCUACGGUAGCGGUGGCUACGGAGGCGGUGGCGGAAGAGGUGGCCGCCCCUAUUAGAUCAUGUGACCAACCACCUGAUGUCGUCCCCAAGAGAGUUCACUAUAUGGGACGGUAAUGUUAGCGUUACCCUAUCAAUAAUGCAGUGGGACUUUCUACCUAGUCAUCAUUAAAGCAAACCCCUCUUUCUCUCAAGAAACCGAACCCCUCAAUGAAUCGACGGAUGCUAAUGUCUCAAGUUUGGCCCCCCUUGGAAUAGGCUGGAGAUACUUUACCGAACUCUCUGAAGUGACUGCUUAGAUAAGGCCUGAUAAGGAGACGCUUCGAUCUUGCCGACCACUUUUUAAGGUCCAAGGAUAUCUGGUUAAAGAGCCUUAAGAAAUAGUUGCUGUCUGCUUAAGAUCUUCAUGACAAUGCUUAAAGUUACUGUGGAUACAUUGAUUCGAAAAAGCAAGUGAAUUUGCCAACGUCUUGGAAAAUCUUCCCCAAAAAACAACAAAAACAGUUCCCAUUACAGUUUGUUGAUUAACCGUUCCGAGCCCAAACAGCACCAAAAAAAACACAGAAAAGGAGUUAAAUAUUGAAAUAAGGGGCUUUACAAGAACGUCUUCGCGUAGAAAAUGUAUAAGCAAAUUCACUGCGUUUUUUCCUAAGCUGUACAUAAGGAAUGAAAGCAUUUCAAUCAAUUGUUAACCUUUAAUUAAGGAUUCUGUAACCACUUUAAAGAUUAGAAAUAAGAUUUGACUUUUACUAUUUUUUUUUAAGUUCGUAAUCAAUAUUCUUGUGAGUAUUCUUGACAAUGGCAUAAAAUCCGUAAAAAAAAUCCCUUUCGACGGAAAAAUGAAGAAAAAAAAAUCAAAAAAAAAUUAGACUUUUUUUUUCUUCUAGACUUGGACUCGUUUUUGUGAUGCGAAUUCAAACUUUGAAGCAGUCAUCUUCAUCAAAUUCAACUCGGUCCAUUGAUCAAGUCCGUUCUGCAAUAAUUGCCUCAUGAAUAUUCACAUUUCUUAUGAAUAUGUAAAUCAACUUGGUAGCAACAUUCCAGUGAUAGGUCCUUACGAAUAUUCAGGGGGGAACAUUUUAAUGUCCUACUGCCAUUAUGUCCUUUACUUUCUUAAAUCAUGUACAUAUUAAUUAUCAAAUAACAGGCGAUGUUUUGUGAGUUGUGUAUUGUGACAAGUAAAGAGUGUUAAAAAGUUUUUAUUUUGCAAUUUUUUUCCCCCCUUAAGUGAAUGAUUAAAUACUUGUAAAACACUCCCAGGAUUUUAUUUUUUAUUUCCCCAAGAUAAGGGUAUUUAAGCAUAAUGGUCGGUCAUCUUACGUAAACUUCACGAGAUGUUUUUUAUUUUUGGGUAUGCUAACGCAACAUUCAAAAAUAGUACGUGCAGAAAGAUCAUUGUGAAACUCAACAAUUAGGCUUGUAUGAUAAAUGAUGUUACAAUUUCACCGUUAAUGCUGGUUUUAUUCCUAGAAGUAUUCGUGUGUUAGUGCAUUUCGUAUUUUCUUUGUGAAGUCAAAUAAAUGGAGCAGUUUUAGACAAGCAAAAAAUCUCAACUCAA